UAAGGGGCGAGUUAGUUUAGCGCUGCCGCCGCCGCCGCUUGAGGUGGGAGAAGGAAGAGAGAGAGGAAGGGGGCGGUUUCCGUGAGGCGCCCGUGGUCGCCGCCAUCAUCGUCGCCUUCGUCAUGGCCCACAAGCAGAUCUACUAUUCGGACAAGUACUUCGACGAGAACUACGAGUACCGGCAUGUGAUGUUGCCAAGAGAGCUGUCAAAGCAAGUACCAAAAACUCAUCUAAUGACUGAAGAAGAAUGGAGAAGACUUGGUGUUCAGCAAAGCCUUGGCUGGGUCCACUACAUGAUUCAUGAACCAGAACCACACAUCCUUCUAUUUAGAAGACCACUUCCAAAAGGCCAGCAGAAAUGAACAGCCUCUCUAAGCUUCUGGAACUUUAUGUAUAAAUGUAUAUAUGUUGGUAGUAUUCAGUGAAUACUUAAGAAAAAUAUACAAACAAGUCAUUACCUGUGCAUGAGCUGUAUUAUUCACAGCAACAGAGCUCAGUAAAAUGCAAAGUAGGCUGCUAUGGUCUUGAAUUCUCACUUAACAAGUUAACAAGUGCCUAUUUGAUUUUUUCAGUUUUGUUCAAUAAAGUUCACAACUUUCAUGUAAUGUGUUGAUUAUAAAAAUCUUCAAAGAUCUGUGCCUUUUUAUUCUUAGUAAUGAAGCUUCUUCCAACUGUUGAAGCAAUUCAUCCUGUGGCUUUUCAGCUGCUGAAAUAAACAUAUUUUUAAUGCUAAA